AUGAAACUAUCACUUCUUUCCAUCGCCGCGUUCAUGUCGUUCGGGCGCAGCGUAGUUGCCAACGGAUCGGUCGCGGGUUGCGCUAUUGACCAAACACUGCUAGUAGGAAUUGGUUUUGGCUAUGAUGCCCACGACAACUUUUGGGAGCUUCGCGACAUCUGUACAAACACAGUCAUCGAUAGUACCACCGCCGGAACGUACACUUCGAAUCAGCGCGUGGAUCUCAAUUGGUGUUUGGACAACACGAGCAGAUUCAGAUUCACGAUCUUUGACAACGGAGAAAAUGGCAUUCUAGUCAGGAGAGGUGAGGGCCCUACUUUUCCCGGUCUCACCCUGAACUGGGCAAACAACGUCUUGACAGAAGUUGGUGGCAGCUUCUGGCAGUAUAAUAAUUUCCCCAUGCGGUCCGAUCUCUACUCACAGCAAUAUGAGUUCGGCGCAACGUCGUGUCCAACGGCACCACCCGCUAUUACAGAAACUCCACCAACUGGACCUGAACCUAAUCCUUGCGAACCCAGUCCAUGCGAAGAAAACACAUUUUGCCACCCCCAGCCGGAUGGCACAGCCUACUGCGUCUGUAAGGAACAUUUCAUCGGUGACCCCUUGCAAGGUUGCACCGGUGGCCCUCCGACUCCGACUCCUCCAACCCCAACUCCUUCCAAUCCAGGAGCUGGUGGAGACCCUCACUGUGAGUUUCGCUCGAGCCGUGCUUUACUUUGCUUUGCUUUGCUUUAG